AAGUGACCUCAUAACUCAACGGGGUUUAUGCUGCUGCGGUUUUUGUUGCAGCAGCUACUGAGACAAGUGUGUGAGUUUUAGAGGUCGUUGCUCUCUAAUAGAUGGAUUGCUGCAUCGCAUCUGCUCUCUGCUGUUUUGCAGCGCUGUGUUUACUUGUUCACUUCGUGUGUUUCCUUGUGGCUGAUGCAGAUUUCACUCUACUGUGGGCAGCUCUGGUCGGACACAGGCCAGAGAGUAAGCUGAAAGGCCUGGUGGUUUGGGUGACCGGAGCCUCCAGUGGUAUUGGAGAAGAGUUGGCCUACCAGCUGGCAAAGUGUGGGUCACGUCUGGUCCUCUCUGCUCGCCGUGAGGAUGAGUUAAACAGAGUGAAACGUCACUGUUUAGAGUCCUCCAACCUCAAGGAUGGAGAUAUUCUUGUACUUUCACUUGAUUUACUGGAGAGGACAUCGCAUGAGGAGAAGGCGAAAACUGCGAUCCAGUACUUUGGGCAUAUCGAUGUCCUAAUUAACAAUGGUGGCCGAAGCCAGCGCUCUCUGUGCUUGGAGACCAAUGUUGAUGUGUACCAGGCCUUGAUGGAGCUCAACUUCCUGGGGACAGUCUCUAUAACCAAGCAGGUGCUGCCUCACAUGACGCAGCGCGGCACCGGCAGCAUUGUGACCGUCAGCAGCGUAGUCGGCCUCGCUGGGGCACCCCUGGCAACAGGAUACUCUGCCAGCAAACAUGCUCUUCAGGGUUUCUUUAAUUCCCUUCGAACUGAGCUGACUGACUAUCCAAGAAUACUCAUCAGCACAGUGUGUCCGGGGCCGGUGCAGUCGCAGAUUGUUGGCAAUUCCUUCACAGAGGAGCUAAACAAGCCCGUGGCCACAGUUGGUAACCAAGAGCACAAGAUGCCAACGAGUCGCUGUGUGCGUUUAAUGCUGGUGGGAAUUGCCAAUGGUGUCAAGGAAAUGUGGAUUGCUCAGCAGCCCUUCCUCGUGUUUUACUAUGCCUGGCAGUACGCUCCAACGUUUGCCUGGUCUGUCACAAACAUGUUGGGAAGGAAAAGGGUGCAGAAUUUCAAAGCUGGUCUGGAUGCGGACUCUGCAUACUUCAGUAAACCGAAGACCUCCUGAAAUGUUCUCGAGAGGAAACAACUAUGACAUUCCAAAUGUUGGACUCUUCAGCACAAUAUCUGCCGUCAUCUAGAAGAAAUUAUUCAAGUACACAACUGCUUUGAGAUCUCAGUGCUCUCUUUCCAUCUCAAAUUUAAACUAAAUCUUCUUUUUUGUAACAAAUGUUCAAUUUCUGCUGCAUUACCUUCUACAAAUGCAUAACCCAAGGCCCAAACAUUUCAUUUGUGAAUGAUUACACAGCUGCACUGACCUUUUGAAUGACUAAUAAAACUUUGCAUUAA